CUGCUGCGAUAUUCAUAACGUUUUUCAGCAGACUCGUUCACAUUAACCUUAUCCCGGAAGCUGAAAAUGGAUUUUCUGGUUAAACUAUUUGCCCAGAACAGGAAAGUAGCUUUUUGCAUGACAGGGACGGCUGUGGCUUUGCUCGGACUCGCGCUUGGUUACAGAUACACGCGCAGGCAGAAAAAGUUAACUCGAGUCGGUGUUGUGUCACAGUUGUUGCUUCAUCCCAUGAAGUCUGGGAAAGCGGUGUGUGUUCCUGCAGCCGAGUGUCUGAGAAUGGGCCUUAAAUGUGGAGAUCUUCGUGACCGUCACUGGCUGGUCAUUACAGAAGAUGGCCACAUGGUGACAGGGAGACAGCAGCCUCGCUUAGUUCUUGUGUCUCUGACUUGUGAGGGGGACCAGGUCUGUCUCAAUGCUCCUGAGAUGGAGGAGCUCAAGUUUCCCCUUAACCAGCCCAGCAAUCCCAUCUUUAAGUGCAGGGUGUUUAGUUCAGACACUGAAGGCAGAGACUGUGGUGAUGAAGUAUCUAACUGGUUCACUCGAUAUCUGGCAGCAGACAAGACCUUCCGCUUGGUGCACUUUGAACCUCAGUUAAAGGCGCGAGCGCCUCCUGAGAAAGGCUUUCCCAAGGAUGAAAAGGUGGCUUAUCCUGACGCUGCUCCUGUCAUGUUGAUGUCCGAGUCUUCUCUGUAUGACUUGAGCAGCAGAAUGGAUCGUGACAUCUCUGUUUGUCAGUUCCGGCCCAGCAUUGUGGCCAGCGACUGUGAGCCUUUCAGUGAGGACUCAUGGGACUAUGUACAGAUUGGCCAAGUGGAGAUGCAGAGAGUUAUGGGCUGUGGAAGGUGUAUUUUCACCACUGUUGAUCCUGAAACUGGAAUAAUCACUAGAAAAGAGCCACUGGACACUCUCAGAACUUAUCGGCUAACCGACCCUGCCCAGAAAACUGCACCAAUACUUGGGCAAUACUACACAGUGAAGAAAACUGGGACCUUCCAUGUUGGUGAUCCCAUAUACAGAAUUAGUUACUGAGGAAGGACAUGAUGGACCUAACAUGAAGCUCAAAUCUUAGAACAAAUAUAUAAUUCAUGUCAAUGUAAUAUGCAAAUUUGCAUGUCAUUAGUGCUUACAACCAACACUACUUUGUGUGCAUAAUGUACAUGUGCAGAUGUUCCUUAAGAAGUUUAAAGGAAAACACUGAAUAGAAUUAAAUGUGAAUGAUUUAUCAUUUAUUAGCUGGGCAGCUAUAAUUGGUGUUGGCCUCACACAUGCUAUUGAUUCUGUGGUACAUAAUGCUUUUUUUUCUUUUUUUUUUUUUGGUAAUGUUAUAAUAUUAAAUACAGGUGAUUAUUAUUCAAGCCAGUACAACUCGUAAUUCUAAAAUGAAUAUUUUACAAGUGUAAAGUGUGUGUAAUAGGUGUGCUACUUUGGUGUACUUCCAAUAGGAGGUGCCAUAAGAUCAGUUAAAACACUAGGUUACAAUAAGUUGUAUUAAUUUAUUAAUACAACUUAAUACAACCAGUUUAUUAAUUACACCUACCUUAUAUUGCACUCAGUGGUAUAUCUACCAUAUUAGUGAAUUUUGUUGAUAUUCAGUCCAAUAAUGGAAAGGGAUGACCACAUCAACACCCACCAAUGUGGGUAGAGUAUGAUUCUCAGAACAGCAAUGACACUGACACGAUAGUGUGGCACUGUAUCAACCAUUUUUGUACACCGUGUACAAUUACUGCACUUUAUUAGGCACACCUACCUUGUUGAUACCUUGUAGGUGUACAAUUAGAAACUACGCCUUAUAAUUUUUUUUUUUCCAGGCACAAUUUAUGUUAAUCCAUCAAUGUCACUUUCUGAACAUAGGGCUGUUAUUGACGGGAUAUUUUUGGUUGCUGGUUGUUCUUAGCCCUGUAAUGAUAUUCAGUUUGUUUAAAAAAUGUUCAGCAUUACUGAUGUACUUGUGCCAGUGCCGGAUGCCCUACCAUAUUAGUGUCACCGCAAGUCAGAAUGAUCCACUUUCCCAAUAAUAUCUGGUCAGAGGUGGUCCUGUGGGGGUCCCUUUCUGUUUGUGUGUAGAGUUAAGGGAAGCUGACUAACUGCAUAUCAUCAGAUGGGCUACAGUCAGCAAUUGUAUGGCUACAGUGUGCACCUUGCUGUUGUCUUUAUUUGGUCUUUGGUUUCAUUUAUUAACAUUUACAUGAAUAAUGACCAUUAAUUAUUGCAAUAAUUUAAAUUUUAAAUUGCAUUUCCAUAAAAAUGUGUACUGUUCCUAUUCAGAUUUGGAAAGCUAAAAGGUCUAUUUUCUGAACAAUAUAUUCAUAUAAACUGAUUAUCAAACAGGUCCACAAAAUCUGUUAAUGCUGGCUAAUUGUGCUUCAUUUAGAUUGCAUUGCUAAUAUUUUGCACUCACUUUUCUUCACUGAAUGCAAAAUAAACAAAAAUGAUACAAAUAAUGUAAAUAAAUAAAAAAGUGGUAAUUUUUUCAAACUAGCAAAGCAUUCACAAUAUAUAAAAGCAGAAGGAAAUGAAUGAAUAACAAAGAGAUAAAGAACUAAGGGAGUCUCUGAGCUUGGGAAACCUGACUAGACUUGCAGUCUUUAAGCUAACUGUUUAACUUGCACCAAAUUUGAUAGGUUUAGCAAAUAGACAGUCCGUAUUUCAUUGCUGAAAUCAUAGACUAAUCAAAUCAUAGACUACCUGAGCCAGUUUUUUCCCCUCCCAAGCAUUAGCACUCCACAGAGUUCACCGAUCUGUCCUUAAUAAACUGGGCAGAUAGCUACAGCUACCAUGUUUUUCACUUAUUUGGACUGAGUAAAUGCAUUUUCUAUAAAGUAAUGUACUUUCUGGCAGAGUUCCUUCAGUUUUGCCUCAAGCAAAUGCCAGUGCUGCUGUGUAAAGUCUUACCAACCGGUAAGUCCAGGCCACCAUUACUGCGGUCAGGGUUAAAAACAAUAAUAUUUUGGUUUGUUAUGCAAGAUAUUCCAUCCCUUUCCCUUUAUCUCAGAAAUAAAAUGUGUGUAUCCUGCACAUUCAGUUCACUGGCCUAGAGGGAAAGCUGUCUGGAGGAAGCUUAUAAAAUAUGUGCCAUUAGGUUAUUACUGUUGCAAAGUAAAGUACUAUAGCCUUUUGACAUGCAUUUCUCUGUCUCUUAAGCCAUUGGGGGUCAUUAAGUUUUUACAGCCUUCCAUAGCUCAAUAAAUAUUUUGCACACCAUGAAGCAAAGCACGCAAUAUUUCAGUGGGGUCUAGUAACUAUGCGACCUAAACAGGUUCUAGUAUGUCUGAAGAUGAUACUGUUUUUUCUUGGUUUGUAAUAUCACGCAAUGAAAACCUGUCAAGCUGCUAAAGCUUGUAGGGUAAAACAGUUUUUAACGUUUCAGAAUUCAACUGAAUUUUAACAUUUACAACAGAAAUUUAAAUAUAAACUCAGUCACUAGGAAACAUUUGUAUAAAUAAGGCAUUUUAAAAUGUACAGUAAAUAAAAAAAAAGAAAAAGAAAGUAAUGCUCAAUAAAUUCUCAAUGUUGUAAACAAGCAUAUGGC